AUGGAAGAGACAGUGCCAAAGCCAGAAGUGUCGCCAGAACAGCUGAAUAUCAAGGUCAAGGAUGCCGAAGGCAACGAGGUGUUCUUCAAGGUGAAGCGGACGACGAAGCUUGCUAAGCUGAAGCGCGCCUACGCUGAGCGUAUGGGCAAGCCUGAGAACAGUGUCCGGUUCAUUUUUGAUGGUCAGCGUGUUGGCGACGACGAUACCGCUGAGUCUGUACGUACCAGUUUUCUUUGCAACGGGCUACGCGGACAAGUGAGAACUAACAUGGGACAGCUUGAUAUGAAUGACCAAGACGAAAUCGAUGCGAUGAUUGAGCAGCUGGGGGGCGUUGCUACUGUGAUAGUGUAG